AUGUCGGAGUUUCUCAUCAACGCAGGCUCUUCACUGGACACCCAUCUGGGCACUGACUCCACCGCUCUGCAUCAAGCUUGUCAGAGGGGAAGCAUUGAACUGGUCCGGUUGGUGCUUGACCACGUUAGCCCCAGCAUCGAGGACGCCAUGGGGAAUACCCCCGUUCACUACCUACCCGAUCAUGCGCCGGAUAGAGACAGUGUCAUCGACCUCCUUUUGGCGAAAGGCGGAGAUGCAUUCACAAUCGGGCUGGAACACGAGGAAGUGGAGUAUGACCAACUGCUCCAUGUGUUCCAGAGGAACCGACGUGUGAACAUUUGGUUCCAUACCAGAUUCUACGGAGAGGAGCCGCGUGAUGACCUGCUUGUCCGGAACGACGGGCAGUGGGGGACGUUCUGGAGGCUGGAAACCGAGAAUAUGACCGUGGCAUCACCAAUUUUGUGUGGUGGUCUCGUCGCCGAAGAUGAGGACGAGGAGUUGACCGAAGAAGAAGACGAUGCUCAUUUCGAGGAAGUUGAUCGCGAGUGGGACGAAGAGACCGAUUGA